AUGGUAUCAAUUUUUUUCAGUGCAUGGUGCGGAUAUGAUGAAGUUAUUCUUGGAUGGUAUUUAUCAGAAACAACAACGAAUAAUUGGCGAAAUGAUACAAUACGACUUGAAAUACAAAUAUGUAGUAUUGCAUUAAAUGAAUCAAACGGUGGAAUUAUUAAAAAUACUUGUAUUGUACUUCAAACAAAUCUUAUACCUCAGUUAGGUUUUCAAUCAACAUCAGUUACUAUUCCAUCAAUUAGUAAUAAUAGUCUUCCAACGGUAUUUUUUCGUAUUAUAGCAAGAGAUAUAUUAACAAAUAUAACUUAUGCUGGUCUUAAUUCUGCAUUAAUCGUGUUACAUGACAGUAGAAUAAAUACAACAGAUUAUUGUAAUACAUGGGCAUCAACACAAGCAUCACCAUUAACAUGGAAUGACAAUUUAUUACCUUGUCCAUUAACAUUGUCUCAAGCACGUGUUGCCCGUUGUUGUUAUGAACCUGAUCCAUUGUGUAUGGAAAAUAGUUAUAAUUCAUCAAUUAAUUGUCGUCUUCAUCGUGGACGACCGGAUCAUGAUGAAUUAUCAGCUAUUGCUUGUUAUUUAUCGCGUUCAACAAAUCAAUGGCAUGCUGCUACUGAAUGUUGUUAUGAUGCAAUUGGCCAAUUGAUAACGCGUGGAACAGGUGGAGGAACAGAUGAUCGUUAUCAACCAUCAUCAUAUCCUAUUCUUCAUUUCUUCAGUGAUACAUUACCAUUUCUUGCCUGUUGUCUUUUAACUUCAAAUGAUGAAACUUGUUCAAGAUAUUUUAAUUUUCGACCACAUCGUCGAGGUAGUAAUUCACCGCAUUCAUGGGGUGGAACAUGGGGUGAUCCACAUUUUACUACUCUUGAUGGUUCAACAUACACAUUCAAUGGAUAUGGUGAAUAUACAUAUUUAGCUAUCACUAAUAGUUCAACAUCAAACAAUACUGCCUUUAAUUCAUCUAUAGAAAAUUUUGUGUUUAAUGUUCAAAUACGCGCAACACCAUUUGAUUCAUUAAAUAAUGGUGCUACUGUAAUUCGUGGUAUUGCAGCUAAAUCGAACGAUUUCCUUGCACAAAAUAUGAGCAUAACUAUUUCAAGACGAGAAAUGUUGAUUAUUCGACGAGGUAAUGAAACACUUGAUCUUGAUUCAAUAAAUGAUGAUACAAUUUCUACAAAUAAUUCUCUUAUAUUAUUUUUUCCUGAAAUGACUUUAGAACGAAAUCGAACAAAUGGUAUUCUUAUACUUUCAUGGUUUAUUGGUGUUAGUAUUCGAAUAACACCUAUUUUAAUAACAAAUGCUCUUGUACUUAAUAUAGAUAUAUCAGUAUCUGGUUUAUAUCAAAAUCGUACUUUUGGUUUACUUGGUUUAUAUGACAACGACCCAACUAAUGAUCUUCGAGCACAAAAUGGAACUAUUAUUGGUCUUUCUAAUACACUUACAAUUGAACAAAUUCAUCGACAAUUUGGACAAACAUGGGCCAUUAAUCCAAAUGAUUCACUUUUCCAUUAUGAAACAGGUGAUUCGGCAGCAAAUUAUGCUCAACAAAAUCUUUUAUAUAUUCCAUUAUUUACAUAUCCUGAACCUUCAGUAUCUCAAGUAAAUUCAAUACUUGCAGCAUGUAAUAUUGAAUCGUCAUCAAGUAAUCGAUCAAUAUGGACAAUUGCUCAACAAACAUGUUAUUAUGAUAUUGCAGUUACAAAUAAUACUUCUCUCGGACAAGCAUCAGCAAUAGCAGCUGAUAAUAUUAUUCAAGUUUCUAUUGAUCAACGUAAUCCACCUGAAUUCAAUUUAGAUUUACCACUUAUUAUUAUUAUUAAUGAAUCAACUCCUAUGAUUAUCAAUUUUACAGCCGUUAGUCAAUAUACUUCAAAUAUAGUUUAUAAUCUAAUUCGAGGACCAUUUUCUGCUACUUUUGAUAAUGAAACAGCAAUAUUUUAUUGGCAGAAUCCAUCUUUAAAUGACAGUAAUACUGCAAUACGUGUUACUGCUCGAGAUACUCUAUAUAAUUUAUUAUCAACACAUGAACUUGUUGUGCAUAUCGUUGGUCGAAAUAUUGAUGAGACUACAACUUCUACCAGCUCCACAACCUCUACCACGACGACUACCACCUCCACUACUUCAUCAUCAAGAGAAUCAUCUGAUGGAUACGUUAUUUUAGUUUCGUCGAUAUUCGUUCUAAUGAACAUAAUCGAAAUAUUUUAUUAUUGUUAA